AUAAACCAUUAUAUAAACAUUACGGGUUACACAAUAUAAACAUAGAAUACACAUUUAGCUACACACAUUCAUGAGUUAGGCAUUAAGAACAUGGAUCACAUGCUUGUCUCUAGUUGGUUUCAUCUUAAUUCCUCUGUACCUUUAUCUUAUGUGCAACCACCGGAAAGUAGACCCGGCACGGUUUCCGUAAUAUCCGGCAAGACAAUUCCGGUGGUGGAUCUUGGAGGACAUGAUCAUGGUGAAAUUUUAAUGAAUAUUUUGAGAGCUUCCGAGGAGUAUGGAUUUUUUCAGGUUAUCAACCAUGGAGUUUCUAAGGAGUUGAUGGAUGAUACAAUGAAUAGUUUCAAGGAAUUUCAUGGCAUGCCUGAAGUAGAAAAGAUAAGUGAAAGUUCAAGAGAUCCAAAUGGAAGUUGUAGGCUUUAUACAAGUCGUGAGAUUAAUGGUGAAGAUUGCAUUCAGUUUUGGAGGGAUACAUUAAGACAUUUUUGUCCACCUUCAGGUGAAUUCAUGGAGUUUUGGCCCCAGAAGCCUCAAAGAUACAGGGAAGUAGUUGAGAAAUAUACACAAGAAGUGAGAGCAUUGGGGCUAAAAAUAUUGGAGUUUAUAUGUGAAGGGUUAGGACUUGACCCAAAAUAUUGUUGUGGUGGACUUAGUGAAAGUCCAUUAUUGCUAGCUCAUCACUAUCCACCUUGUCCAGAACCAAGUUUAACAUUGGGAACACCUAAACAUCGUGAUCCUAACCUUGUUACUAUAUUGUUUCAAGAAAAUGAUAUAAAUGCUCUUCAAGUCUUCAAGGAUGGAGAAUGGAUUGUUGUUGAGCCAAUUCCCUAUGCUUUUGUGGUUAAUAUUGGCCUUAUGUUGCAGAUUAUCAGUAAUGGAAGGCUCAUAGGAGCUGAGCACCGAGUUGUGACAAAUUCAGGCAUUGCAAGGACUACUAUUGCAUACUUCAUUCGUCCAACAAACACAACUAUUAUAGAACCUGCAAAGCAUUUGAUAUGUCCUAGUUCUCGUCUCAUAUACAAGUCCAUCACAUUUGAAGAGUUUUUGAAAAUUUUCAUGAACAAAGGUCCUGACAUUGAACCAUACUUGCUCUUAUAGUUUUCUAUAAAAGAAAGGACAGGUCACAAUGUGUUGAAUCUAAAUUUAAAUUAUUGUCGAGAGAUAUCUAUAUUUAGUAUGCAACGCAUUUCAUUAUCUUGUUGACAUAUGAAUAGUCUUUUGUGAAUCUAAACAAAUAAAAUUGAGCAUAUUUAUAUUUAUCUUGUAAUGCUCCUCAUAUUGUAAAAAGACAAUUGUGUACAUUUGAUACGUUGGAGCAUAGGUUUGAACCUAGAAAAAUAAAUAAUUGAGAGUAUGUAGAGUUUUGUUUAUCAAUGAUAUAUUAUUUCUCCUAUUCCACAA